AUGCCGAGCCGUCAAUCGCACCGUGGAUCUGAUCUGGAACUUUGCAAACUAAACGGGCGCGUGCUACCCAUUUAUUCCCUAAUUAAAUUACUUUACUUAUCCAUGUAUAUCACAGCGCAGCACUUUAAACCCUCCGCAGCCGCUGCAGCCGCUGAAAGAGCACUGGAGGCGGAAGACGAUGCAGACAUACCGCAAGGAGGGAAUGAGGUUGACGUCACCGCAGGAGUCGUAGUCGGUGUGGUCAAGGUCCGAGCCGGCGAGGUAGACACAAAAGGAUAUGACUGGGACAUGGCUGUGUGUAAAGUGUCCGAGGAAUGUAAAUAA